AAGGAUUUUGGAUGUUGUUGCCUUGAAGACGCCCAAGCUUUCAUAGACAAGCAUGGGUUGUGUUUGAAGAGUUGAAGCUGCUAGUAACGCCUUCCGUCAGAUGCAAAAUUUUCCAUUUCAUGAUAAACUUAUGCGGAUACAAUACACAAAGACAAAGUCGGAUUUUAUUGCCAAAAAUGAUGGAAGCUUUGUUCCCAGAGAAAAGAAGAAGCAAGAUCAAAAAGCUGAAAGGAAACGACGCACGGAGGAAGCACAGCAAUCUGCAAUGCCAAAUGGUGCAGGUUCUCUAAGUAAUGGUGGACCGAAGGCUCCUUUCCAUCAUGGAAACGUGAAUGCUCAAGAGCAGGCUGCACCGAACAAUAUUCUGUUCGUACAGAAUUUACCUCAUGAGACAACUAGCAUGAUGCUGCAACUGCUUUUUGAACAGUACCCUGGGUUCAGGGAAGUUAGGAUGCUUGAAGCAAAGCCGGGUAUUGCAUUCGUGGAGUAUGAAGACGAACAGCAGUCUUGUACAGCAAUGCAGAACCUCCAGGGUUUCAAAAUCGCCCCUCAAUAUCCCAUGGCCAUCACUUUCGCGAAGAAGUGAAGUGAACCUAUCCUUGUGUCGAUGAUGUUUAAUUCCGUGCUUUGUAUAACUUUGUACGGGUGGGAAUUCCUGCAAGUAUG